AUGCACGCAAUUGUUGGUUUUAUUGCUACUGUGCUAGCAGUGAUGCAACCGUUCGCAGCAUUUCUACGCCCGUCUCCGAAUUCGCAGUACCGUUUCAUUUUCAACUGGGGUCAUUGGCUGAUUGGAAUGACUGCGUGGGGUUUCGCAAGUACGGCCAUGCAUCUUAUUCGACUUACCAAAUGGUUAAGGACAGCGUUGAGACUACGGUACUAUGGUCGUCCCAAUUGGAUUAUGGGAGGUUACAUUCUGUUCUUCAUUGGAAUAAAUGUUAUCAUGGAGAUGCUCGCUACAAACAACGAACCCCGAAUGGAGAAAAAUGGACCGAAUGGUAUGGCUCUUUCGCAUUUGAAUGGGCCUGCCGUUGAAUCUCCACUGGCUCCACCGACGGUAAGUUAUUUUAUCUGCACAUAA